AUGGCUUCAAGCAGUACAAUCGAACGACAAGCAAUCGGACGUCGUAAUGGAUUUAUUGGCUCAUUAUAUGAUGUUCGAACAGACGAAUUUGAAGGCGGAAAAACAUUCAAUAAAUUGGAUAUUGAAGCAAAUCUAAAAUUAGCCUUAAUGGCAGGAUUGAUAAAUGUUGAAGGAUCAGCAAAAUAUCUCGAACAGACAAAAACAAACAAUCAUACUGUUCGAGUUACAUUUAUGUAUCGGGCAAAAACAAAAGAAGAAUAUUUACAAAUAUCUACAGGCAACCUAAACGAAUAUUUUUCAGAGUAUGCCUUCAAAAAUCCAAAUGUAACACAUGUUGUUAUUGGAAUAGUAUGGGGUAUUAAUGUAGCUGCAACAUUUGAACGAACAGUUGAAAGUGCUGAUGCAGUACAGAGAAUUGAAGGUACAUUAUCAGCAGCUUUCAAAAAGCCUAUAUUUAGUAUCAAAGGACAAGCGACGAUAGAUUAUGAUGAUAAAAAUAAAUCAGAUCUUGACUCAUUAAAGGUUGAAUUUUCUGGUGAUGUACUGAUUGAUAAUUGUCCACAAACAGUUGAAGGAGUGCUGAAAGUUUGCGAAAAUAUUCCAUCUCAGAUCGAAUCUUUAAAUGAUGGAAAAGGAAGACAACUUGUAUUUAUUUUAUAUCCUUUGAAAAGUAUUGCACAAAUGUUUGAAUCCGAACUGAAAAUUGAAAGAUCAAUAAAAGAAGUAUCGGAAGCGAUUGUUAGUCGUAUUGAAGAUAUGUUUGAACAAAUUAUUGAAUCAAAACGAAAAUUAAACGACUUUAUAUAUGAUAUUGAACCAUGGAAAGAAUUUAUUUCUUAUCAUUGGUUUGAUUUGGUUAAACAGAAACAACGAGAACUUGAUCAAGAGUCACUAAUAACGCAACGUAAAUUAAAAGAUUUGUUAGUUAAAAUUCGCAGUGAUUCAGCAAAAGAAUCAGAAAUGCAACAACUACUCGAUGAGUUUGAAUCUAAUAAUCCAUGUUCAUUAACAUCAAUUGAACGAUUUUUGAAAGACAACCAAAAAAUAAAAAGGAAAAUUGACACAUUAACAAAAGUUAGUCCAGAAAAAAAGGAACUGUUGAAAAUUCUCGAAUCAGUUGAUGACUUAAUAUUAGAUUUAUACGAUUAUGAUGUGUAUUUAUUGCAUACAUGUGAAGAAUGGAACACUAAAGAGAAUAAACGAAGUACCUUAAAACAAGAGAGAUAUUUUACUAACUUGAUGAAGAAUGAAUUGAUAUCAAACAAUACUAAAGCAAGAUUUCGUGUGAUUGAUCACGAUUUACACCCAGAAUUAGAAGAAAAACCAAACAGUUGUGUUAUUUAUCAUGCAAAGAAUGGUCACAUUGUAACAAGAGACUUUUACGAAUAUUCAUUAAGCAAUCAAUUUUAUGGUAAUAUCAUUAACAUUCAUCCAGAUGCUCAAUGGCAACAGGAUGGUAUCACUGUAAGUGGAGGAAAUGGACAAGGCAAUGCGUUCAAUCAACUCUCUUAUCCAUGGGGUUUAUAUGUAGAUGAUGAUGAAACAAUCUAUGUUGCCGAUUAUUCGAAUCAUCGUAUUACGAAAUGGAUAGCGGGUGAAACAAGUGGUAAAGUAGUUGCCGGUGGAAAAGGACCAGGAGAUGGAGAUCAUCAGUUGUCUUAUCCAUAUGACGUGAUUGUCGAUAAAAAAACAGAUAGUCUUAUCAUUUCCGAUUCUUCGAAUAGAAGAGUGGUUCGAUGGCCUCGUCGAUAUGCAAGACGUGGAGAAACAAUCAUCUCCGACAUUGCUUGUUGGGGUUUGACAAUGGAUCAGAAUGGAUCUCUCUAUGUUGUUGACAAUGAAAAACAUGAAGUGAGACGAUAUCAAAAAGGAGAAUCUCAAGGAACAAUAGUUGCAGGUGGAAAUGGAUGUGGAGAUCGUCUUGAUCAACUGUCUAAUCCACGAUACGUAUUUGUUGAUCAAGAUUUUUCAGUAUACGUGUCUGAGUGGGGAAAUAACCGUGUAACAAAAUGGAUAAAAGGUGAAAAAACAUCCAUUGUUGUUGCUGGUAAUCAAGAAUCUGGAAAUAAUCUUACACAAUUAAUACUUCCUAAAGGAGUUGUUGUUGAUCAAUUGGAUACUGUCUAUGUGGUUGAUGAUGGAAAUGAUCGAGUCAUGCGUUGGCCUCAAGGAGCCUCACAAGGAAGUAUCAUUGCUGGUGGAAACGGUAGAGGAGAACAAUCGAAUCAAUUAAAUGGACCCGUCGGCUUGUCAUUCGAUCGACACGGCAAUCUUUAUGUCGUCGAUUACAAGAAUCAUCGAGUACAAAAAUUUAAUAUCGAAUCCAAUAAGUGA